AUGCCAUCUCAACUCCCCAGCCUGAUGCAGUCAACACCGGAGGAAGCCCGCAAGACCCCACCUGCAGCAGCAGAGGAUACACAAUGGUCCAGGCCCGAGUGUCAGGCGUGGACGGGGAUGCUGCUCCUGGGCACCUGCCUGCUGUAUUGUGCUCGCGUCACCAUGCCCGUCUGUACCGUUGCCAUGAGCCAGGACUUCGGCUGGAACAAGAAGGAGGCUGGUAUCGUGCUCAGCAGCUUCUUCUGGGGCUACUGCCUGACUCAGGUGGUGGGCGGCCACCUUGGGGAUCGCAUCGGAGGUGAGAAGGUCAUCUUGCUGUCAGCCUCCACCUGGGGCUUCAUUACGACCGUCACGCCACUGCUUGCCCAUCUUGGCAAUGGUCACCUGGCCUUCAUGACAUUUUCUCGAAUCCUCAUGGGUCUGCUCCAAGGUGUUUACUUCCCAGCCCUGGCCAGUCUGCUGUCCCAGAGAGUACCGGAGAGUGAAAGAGCCUUUACCUACGGCACUGUGGGUGCUGGCUCCCAGUUCGGGACCCUGGUGACUGGGGGCAUAGGCUCAGUGCUCCUGGACUGGUGUGGCUGGCAGAGUGUCUUCUACUUCUCCGGUGGUCUCACCCUGCUCUGGGUGUACUACGUGUACAGGUACCUGCUGAAUGAGAAAGACCUUGACCUGGCCCUGGAUGUCCUGACACAAGACCUGCCUAUGGUCAGGCCCUCCAAAGUGCCCUGGAGACAACUCUUCCGGAAGCCCUCUGUCUGGGCUGCAAUCUGCUCCCAGCUGUCCUCAGCCUGCUCCUUCUUCAUUCUGCUCUCCUGGUUGCCCACCUUCUUCAAGGAGACCUUCCCCCACUCCAAGGGCUGGGUCUUCAAUGUAGUGCCCUGGCUGCUGGCAAUUCCCGCCAGUCCAUUCAGUGGCUUCCUCUCCGAUCGUCUCAUCAGUCAGGGUUACAGAGUCAUCACAGUGCGUAAGUUCAUGCAGGUGAUGGGGCUUGGUCUGUCAAGUGUUUUUGCCCUGUGUCUGGGUCAUACCACAAGCUUCCUCAAGGCCGUCAUCUUUGCAUCAGCUUCCAUUGGCUUGCAGACCUUCAACCAAAGUGGUAUUUCAGUCAAUAUUCAGGACCUGGCCCCAUCCUGUGCUGGUUUUCUGUUCGGUGUGGCCAACACUGCCGGGGCCUUGGCAGGUGUGAUAGGCGUGUAUCUGAGUGGCUACCUGAUUGAGGCCACUGGCUCCUGGACGUGUAUUUUCGACCUGGUGGCCAUCAUCAGCAACCUGGGGCUGGGCACCUUUUUGGUGUUUGGGAAGGCCCAGAGGGUGGACCUGACCCCUGAUCAUGAGGACCUCUAGCUCCCUGACGAUCUGGUCCCACCCAGGACCCUUAGUUGGCAGCCUAAGGAAAACAGCUCUGUUGGUGAAACCUUGAAUCUGCACCUCACAUGUAUGAAGCAAACAACAAAGACCACGGUCUCCUAGAGAAUCCCAAUGAGUUGGAGAGAUAGGUGGAGACAGACACCUGAACCCACAUGGGCCUCUCCGGACAUCAGUGUACCCAUCUGCCAGUCAGGACCAUCCUGCCCUCCCCUCAGACUCAGAGGGACUGCUGCUCUUAUGGAAUCUACACUGCUGACAGGGUUCUUCCCAGCCCUAUGUCGGUUGUUUCUCUUGUGUGCUGGAAGAUGUUCAGAAGCAGCUCUGACACCCCCUUCCAGGCAUCUUCCAACUUCCAUCUCUCCAGUAGAGAUAAUCCAAGAUGUCUGUAGACAUUCAGCCAUGGCCCUGUGGAAAGACAGGCCCACAAGAACCACAGUGCUGGAGAGGACAUGGUUCCCAUUUUCCCCCAGAAGUCAGACUGCCACUCCAGCUGGACCAGUGUGCAGGAGCUAGAGGUCCUUGCCUGCCUCUGCAGACCCUGCAUAGCCCCUGGUUCCCUUCCUGUGGAUUCCUCCUCCGCACUACUGAUGUGUCCUGGGUGGGUAGGUGCCUGGUACUCCUCGGGCUCUGCCUGGACACUUCAGCUAUCACAGAUCCCAGGAUGCUGUGAAACUUCCCCCUACUUUCUGGCCUUGUUUUUCUACCUCCUCUUUUAUACCUUGUGGAGCCGGUGGUUUCAUGAACUGAUCAUGAACUCUCCAAGAUGCCUG